CGGCCCCCCGCGCGCCCCCCGGCCCCGCGCCCCGGACGCCGGCCCUAUGGAUCGCAGCUCCAAGCGGAGGCCCGUGAAGCCCCUGGCCGCGUCCCUGCUCGAGGCGCUCGACUACGACAGCUCCGAUGACAGCGACUUUAAAGUGGGCGAUGCUUCAGAUUCUGAAGGGAGUGGGAAUGGAAGUGAAGACCCUUCGAAGGACAGUGGAGAAGGGUCCUGUAGUGACUCGGAAGAAAACGUCCUGGAGGAAGAUCUUGCUGAAGAAGCAAAAGUUGAGGCGGAAUUGCUGAAGAGCCCUGUGGAGGAAGAUGCUCUCAUGGCCGAGAAAGCCCUGGGGAAGACGGAGAAGAAGGAGGAGGAGAGUGAAGAAAAACCCAGAAAGAGAAAGGAGAAGGACAAAGCUGCAGGGUCCGAGGGGGCUGCGCCCCCCGCGGCCCCUGAAGAGCAGGCCAGCGAGCCCAAGAAGUGGAACCUCCGCAGGAACCGGCCCCUCCUCGACUUUGUGUCCAUGGAGGAGCUGAACGACAUGGACGACUACGACAGCGAGGAUGACAAUGACUGGCGGCCGGCCGCGGCUCGGAGGAAGGGCAAGGCUUCCUCGCAGAGAGAGGGCAGCGACGGGGACAAUGAGGACGAGGACGAGGACGGCAGCGGCAGCGAGGAUGACGACAACGACGAAGAUCACAGCAGCCCUGCCAGUGAUGGGCCCAGCAAGAAGAGGAAGGGCCAGGGCCUCAGCAGGACCAGUGCCGAUGAUGAGGAGCUGACCAAUGAUAGCCUGACCCUUUCUCAGAGCAAGAGCAAUGAGGACUCGCUGAUUCUUGAAAAGAGUCAGACCUGGAGCACCCAGAAAAUGGAUCACAUUCUGAUUUGCUGUGUUUGUCUGGGAGAUAACAGCGAGGACGCUGACGAGAUAAUCCAGUGUGACAACUGCGGCAUCACCGUUCAUGAAGGCUGCUACGGCGUGGAUGGAGAGAGUGACUCCAUCAUGAGCUCGGCUUCUGAGAACUCCACGGAGCCGUGGUUCUGUGACGCCUGUAAAUGUGGGGUGUCGCCCAGCUGUGAGCUCUGUCCAAACCAAGAUGGGAUCUUUAAGGAGACGGACGCCGGCAGGUGGGUCCACAUUGUCUGUGCCCUCUAUGUCCCGGGAGUGGCUUUCGGCGACAUCGACAAGCUGCGGCCCGUGACCCUUACAGAGAUGAACUAUUCCAAGUACGGGGCCAAGGAAUGCAGCUUCUGUGAAGACCCCCGCUUUGCUAGGACUGGAGUGUGCAUCAGCUGUGAUGCAGGGAUGUGCCGGGCCUAUUUCCACGUCACCUGUGCGCAGAAGGAGGGUCUGCUUUCUGAGGCUGCGGCCGAAGAGGACAUAGCCGACCCCUUUUUUGCUUAUUGCAAGCAGCAUGCAGAUAGGCUAGACCGAAAAUGGAAGAGGAAGAACUACCUGGCUCUGCAGUCUUACUGUAAGAUGUCUUUGCAAGAGAGGGAGAAGCAGCUGUCCCCCGAGGCCCAGGCCAGGAUCAAUGCUCGACUGCAGCAGUACCGAGCCAAGGCGGAACUGGCUCGCUCUACCCGGCCUCAGGCCUGGGUGCCCAGAGAAAAGCUGCCCCGGCCUCUGACCAGCAGCGCCUCGGCCAUUCGUAAGCUGAUGCGGAAAGCUGAGCUCAUGGGCAUCAGCACCGAUAUUUUCCCUGUGGACACGUCGGACACCAGCUCCAGUGUGGACGGGCGGCGCAAGCACAAGCAGCCGGCCUUGACUGCCGACUUUGUGAAUUACUACUUUGAGAGAAACAUGCGCAUGAUUCAGAUCCAGGAAAACAUGGCUGAGCAAAAGAACAUUAAGGACAAGCUGGAAAAUGAGCAGGAAAAACUACACGUAGAGUAUAAUAAGCUGUGUGAGUCCCUAGAAGAACUCCAGAACCUGAAUGGCAAGCUCCGGAAUGAAGGCCAAGGGAUCUGGGCCCUGCUGGGCAGGAUCACGGGCCAGAAGUUGAACAUACCGGCCAUAUUGCGAGCGCCCAAGGAGAGAAAGCCCAGUAAGAAGGAAGGAGGUGCCCAGAAGACCUCCGCCCUGCCAGCCGUUCUCUAUAGCUGCGGGAUCUGUAAGAAGAACCAUGACCAGCAUCUCCUUUUAUUGUGUGACACCUGUAAGCUGCAUUAUCACCUGGGCUGUCUGGACCCCCCUCUGACCAGGAUGCCAAGAAAGACCAAAAACAGUUACUGGCAGUGCUCGGAAUGUGACCAGGCAGGAAGCAGUGACAUGGAAGCUGAUAUUGCUAUGGAAACCUUACCAGACGGAACCAAACGGUCCCGGAGGCAGAUUAAAGAACCAGUAAAAUUUGUUCCACAAGAUGUGCCACCGGAACCUAAGAAGAUGCCAGUCAGAAACACGAGAACCAGAGGCCGCAAGAGAAGCUUUGUUCCUGAAGAAGAAAAACCUGAGGAAAGAGUUCCUCGGGAAAGGAGACAGAGACAGUCUGUGCUACAGAAGAAGCCCAAGUCAGAGGACCUCCGGACCGAGUGUGCGACCUGCAAGGGGACAGGAGACAACGAGAACCUCGUGAGAUACCCUUCAUGAGACACAUCUCUGCCACAGCUCGGCCUCGGAGGCAGUCCUGGAGCCCUCUUUUUAAGUGUGAUUUAAAAUGUGGAUAAGACUCUCAAUUGAGUUCCUAAGUAAAGGAGAACAGCUAUCUUGACUUAGCUUUCUGUAAGCUUAUCACCACCAAAAGUUGAGUUUGCUCGUCAGGUUUGCAUAGAAUGGAAUUGAUUGGUUUGUUACUCACACUGACAAGGCAGUUAAUUUGCCUGCUUUUUUUUUUCCUUUUUUUUGCACUAAUCAGAAACACUUGAUAUGUGCAUUGUUGGAAAAUACUGGAUAAAUGUCUUGUCAGAAUUGUCCUAUUAAGCAAUGUCUUUUUCCCCUGUGCUUCCGUGACAAAUGAUGAUGUACAGUGCUGGGACUCAGUGAAGAGGGACAGAAUCUAUGGGACUUUAAUGCCGUGGGCUGCUCCUCAGCGGUGUUACUGAACAAAGAAAGCCAUGCUCUUCCUCUAGUCUGCUUCCCGUUUUAUGCCGCCGAAGCCGUAUGUUCCGAUUUCAAACAAACAACGUAUUAUGGAAUUCCUGUAGAAGCCUAUUCUGUGAAAGGAUUGUUUCUCUUAAAGAUGCUCGCGCAGAGCCUGGAAGGGCCCUGCCGCUGGCAGCGUUAUCUUGUGAUGGAUGCCAGAUCCUGUGCCUAUUAGCAUGAAUUACUCAGUGUUUACACUUCUGAUUUAACCAUGUGAACAAAAGUAUCUUCGUGUUGCUUUCUGGAUCUUUGUUGAGCAAUACAUAAAAUUUGCAGUCUUUGAUGUCUUCUCUGAGCUCACUGUGUUCAGGCUGAAGUUGUUUUCCCCAAACAUACAUAGUGAAAGGGGAAGCCUACUGGAAGGCUACUAAGUGGUCUGACUCCCGUGUGUCCACACAAGUCUCUUCAUCAGCAUCUGUGUCUUUCCAGGGAGAUGCAGGAAUCACAUUUCCAUCUGCGACAUUUUUGAUCCAAAUUUAAAAUUAACAACAGAAAUGCUUUGAAUCUUCUAUUACUCCAGCCUGAACUUACUUGGAAGAGACUUUUUGCUGAAAUACUUAUAAAUGACAACAUAAUUCUUUGUGGAAAUUCCUGAUUUAUGGUGGUGGUUUGGGUUGAAAAUAAAUUAAACUUAGGAAAAAAAAAACAAUGGAAAUGUUAUAGGUUAUUGAGGGGAAAACACAAAUAAAAAGAUACUGUAUUCUCUAUAUUAUAGCUAUAUCAUAGUAGAAGACCAUAUGUUUGGCUAAGAUGUUCAGUAAAAGUAACAUGGUGCGUGUAAAAUGGUAUAUAAAUUGAGAUAAUUAAAUUAUCAAAAGAUAUUUUACAACAUAUCUGGGAAAGAUUAAUAUUCUGUAGCAAAGCACUAAAUAGUUCUGUUAUAUUAUGUUAGAAAUCAGACUCCAGGUUGUUGUCAUAAUGUAGGAAUAAGAAAAAUGAUAGUUUCUAGACUCUAAGCAACUUGAGAAAAAAUGACAGCCACUUUACGAACGGAAGAAUGCCAGUGUGUUGGCUGGCAGUGCUUGGCCUUCUGUGACGUCUGAUUAGAAAUGACUUAUGGUCACUUUUUUUUUCUUGAAAUCGUUAUGCCAAGUGACUUUUUGUGCCUCUGUUAAUCAAAACCGUUACCAGGCUUCCCCUAGAACACCUUGUAAUCCUGAAGACUGAGAAGUGACCCUCUUUUUGUGGGCAGAUUUACGUAUCUUGUGUCUCACGGCAUAAAAUACCAACUCCACAAUUCAUGAGCUAGAGUUUUGCAAGGGUGAGCUUGGAAGAGGGAGUACCGUGGAGGGAGUGAGAUAAAACACUUCCUGUCCUUCCUAAUGGCCUCUCCUAAAAACUCUUCAAUUUUCCACACUAUAAAAUUGACCUUGUCCAUAAUUGGCCCAACUGCUAUUCUGCGGUGAUAUUAAUUUCUGCUUAAACAAUAUGUACCGCAAGCACUUCACAGCUGCCGGGUCUCGAUGUGUCGUGACGUGCGUGUAUUCAUCACACCCAAGCGGGAAAAGGGAAAACUGAAGACGAACUCAGUCAUUUUAAGACAGGAAAGAAAAAACUGACAGCAUAAAAAUAGCUUGUUUUGUCCUGCCCCACACGAUGACAGCAGAUGAUCCCUCGCUUGGUCAUUAUUCCUGCUCUCUCCACCAGAUCAGUCACAACCUUUCUGUGACUUAGGAGAAAAGUCAGCUACCACAGGGCACCCAGAAUCAUUCCCUUCUGCAGUUUCCGGGAAUGAGCCUUCUGUUCCCUUCGUAGUGAGGCUGGUCCUUUAACAGCUUUGGAGGGAUGGCCUUCCAAGACCCGGGUAUUGUCUAUGCCCUCAGGAGGGAAGUGAUCAACCAGCAGCUAGUGUCCAUAGAUGGGUGGUUUGAAUGGAAGAGUCAUGGUGGAUGGAUAGACCCAUGAGGAUGGGCUUAAUCUCUUUAGAAUGAAAAUUCUGGUAUAUUUCUGUAAGAAAGAAUGAUUUCAUUUUCACAAACAUGAAAUUCACUCCUCUUCUGUAAACCUGGAACUCCCUCUUCAAAGCAGACCCUUGACAGCCCCAAUGACGGACGCUUCUCUGUGACUCUUCGUUGCCGUGCAUUUGUAGUGUUGAGCCUCUCAGAUACCUAAGCUGGUGACUUCAUUCAUUGAUGACUUACUUUUUUUGGUCCUAUGUUUGAAUGCAGUUCUUAUGACAGUCAUAACAUGUGCCAAGUGUCCAUUCACAUUGGUCUCCCCACCAAGUCACGCUUUUGAACCUACUUUCCCAGCAUGAUGUGCCGAAUACUUAUUGUCCUUACUGAAUAAAAAGUUACUGGUUUAACAUCA